UUCUUUUUCUGGGUGACAUGCAUUCUGUGUCGGAGCGGUUGGGAGUCAAUCACAAUGGAACAAAAGCUUACUGCUGCCUGAAUACUCAUCUCUAUGCAAAAAGCAACUGUGGAUGUGACAAAGCGCCUGGUCAGGUUUUGUUUCAUGCCUAUGAGAAAUUGCACUUCUAUUCGAGACAUCUGGCCCGGUGAAUAUGCUCUUCUUUGCUUCGCUUUCUACCAGUACGAACUCAAGUUCGGUUGUAAUACUCAGUGAAUCUCUCCGAACAACUGCACCAGGACUCGACAUACAGUACAUCAUGCUCACGUCGCGCCUCUCUUUUCAAGACGAAGUAAAGCUCUACCUCAGCUGGCUGUCCAUGUCGCGUCUCACCACCCGGAUCUCGACCCUCCACGCCAACGGGCGGCUAUUCGGCCACCUCGUCGACGGACGCGUUGCGCGCAACCAAUGCGGCGAUCGCGGUAGAGGAGGUUUCAUGUGGGUAUUCUACGUAGCAUUGGAACGAUUCCUCUGUACAAGAGUAACUCGUUGCUUCUCUGAAGACACGGAGAAAACCAAUUAUACAGAGAUACAGAAUUACAAAUACAAGCAAUCUUGUGCGGAGGCUGGAAUGAAGUAAUUAUUCAUGGGAUCGAAGCGGAGGACUUUUUGAUAUGAGAAGCGCACAUCUGAAGCAAUACCUCAGGCAAUCAGCAACUGAAAAGCUCCUCGUAACAUGACACGUCAAAAGUGCCAAAUUCACAAUCAAAGAAAAUAGCGAAGAGAGACUGCACCCGCAGCUACUCUCCCA